AUGGACUGGGGUCCCUGCCCUCCCAACCAGGAGGAGCUGCAGGCCCCUCAGCAGUCCAUUCCUGAGUGCCCCAUCUGCUAUAGCCCCUACGACAACAUCUUCCAGAGGCCCCUGCUCCUCCCUUGCGCUCACACCUUCUGCCUGGAAUGCCUGUCGAGGAUCUGCGUCUUCGUGAAACAAGCCCAGACCUUCCCCUGCCCUCUCUGCAGAGCCCAAGUGCAUGUCCCCGACGGAGGGAUCCCCAAACUCCCGCCCAAUAUGGAUGUUGUGACCCAGUUCCCUCCAUGGCUGCAGACCCUGCAGGAGGUCUGGCUAGAUGGACACAGACUGUGCUGGAUCAAACAGCCGUCUUUGUCCUGUCAAGUGAGUGCCGGUGAAGAAGCCCUUGAGAUGCUGGUUACAGUGGAGUUAUUAUACAACCCAGCCCCUCGGGACGUCAGUAGAAGAGAUCUGAUAGGUAUCCACCAUCCCUCCCGCUUGUCCAUGUGCAGGGGGCUAUGCCAGCUCCUAUGGGAGCGUCGCCUGGCUGUGUUCUGGAUUGCUAUCCUGCUGCUGGUAUUGAUCGUUUUACCCAUCAUUUUUAUACCUGAUUCCCCCAUGACCAGGACUCCAGAAGGUCAGCACCAGGUGGGGACCUUUCCGACAGCCGAUGCUCCAAGCAGCAGUCUGAGCAGGUCACAGAGCUUCUAG